GAGAGAGAGAGAGAGAGAGAGAGAGAGAGAGAGAGAGAGCGGAGGAGAAGAGAACAUACACGAAACAUGAAGAGUAUGGUUACUAGCUACAGUUGAAUCUUCCCUGAUAAGUCCUUGUCUAGUGUGAGAGUCGAUGCAGAACUCUGUAUGUAGCUGAGUGUUUUCAGUAGAAGACCAGGAUGUCUACGUCGUUCCAACCAUGGCACCAUGGUAAUAUCACCCGAUCUAAGGCUGAGGAUCUGCUCUCCAAAGCAGCUAAGGAUGGGAGCUUCCUCCUCCGGGACAGUGAGUCCAUACAGGGUGCCUACGCCCUCUGUGUUCUGUACCAGAACUGUGUGUAUACAUCUUUUGAGGCAGGAUCCUGAUAUACAACUCUUUUGAAUGAGGACAGGAAGCUCUCAGUCCAGGCCUCUGAGGGUGUGCCCAUCCAAUUAUUCUCUGUGCUGUCUGACCUGGUGGAGACGUUCUACAGUCCCAACAUGGGUCUGGCUACACACCUGCAGUUCCCUGUUCAGAAGGAGGAGGAGCCAGAGGAAGAAGCAGUUACGACAGUUGUUGGAUCAACAGAGCCAGUGAAAUGCCCUCCUCAGCUGCCCCCUAGGAACAGUAAAGAAACCCAAGGAGGGGAUUCCCGAGGCUCAGAGCUGGCUUGUAGUUCCCUGGGAGACACAUACCUACAGAGACUACAACACAUCGAUAUGUCUAACCUGCCAGAGGAGCACCAAAAAUCCAUUGAGGAAUACUUCCACACCUCGGUCUCUCUCGAUGCUGAGCAAGUCCAGAAUGGGAAUCCAUCCCUCCCCCAUCUAAAGAAGCUCACCAUGGGAAUCUGUAAACAACUGAACAGGUACACAGUACUGUAAACAACUGAAC